GCAGAGGCAGCACAGGAGCAGAGGCCCCGGCAGGACGAGGUCCCUCCACCUGAUCCAGUUAUUUUAUCAUCCAAAAUGGUUCUUCUCCUCAAUGACCCCCCAGGGAUGGACAAGGACAGGAAUGAGAUGACUAAGAGAAUAAUUCACUUAACUUUGGAGAUCCUCCACCUGCUGACCGGAGAGGAUUACACCAUAGUGAAGAAGACAUGGGGGGAGUGCGUGGCCCCCUGCAGCCAUGAGUCAGAAGGACACAGCAGGGCCCGGAGCCCCAUCACGGAGCCUCCACCUUACUCACAGAUACAUGAAGAGAAGAUCCUAGAACUCACCCACAGAAUCACUGAGCUGCUGACUGGAGAGGUUCCUAUAAGGUGUCAGGAUGUGGCGGUCUAUUUCUCCAUGGAGGAGUGGGAGUAUGUAGAAGGACUCAAGGAUCUGUACCAGGACAUGAUGGAGGAUCGGCAGCCCCUCACAUCACAAGAUGGAUCCUGUAGAAUAAAUCCAUCUGAGAGGUGUCCCCGUCCUCUGUAUUCCCAGGGCUGUCCGGAGGGAAAUGUCCCAGAAAACCAUCAGGGUGAAGAUCUGGUUGAUGUUGAUCUUAUAGAUGGAUCAGAAGAGAAGACGGAUCUCAUGGCCGAUCUGCAGUGUAAGGAGGAGGACUCCCUCAUGUUUGAUGGAUCCAGUAGAAGAAAUCCACCAGAGAGGUGUCCCUGUCCUCUGUAUUCCCAGGACUGUCAGAUAGGUGUCCCCGAGAACCAUCAGGUAGGUGACCCCGAGAACCAUCAGGGUGAAGAUCUGACUGUUAUUAAAGUGGAGGAUGAAGAAGAGAGGAUGAGGAGUGACCUCCUGUCUAUGAGGGAAGUGAAGGAGGAAAUUCCAGGAGGUGUUACCCCAGAAAAUCCCAGUAAGAACUUUGAUGGAAACCACAUGUUAUCGCUUAAAUCUGACCUAGAGGAUGAAUGUAUCAUGGAGGACACCUCAGGAGUUCAUCUGGGACUUCACAGGACAGAUCCGCAAUAUAAUAUUCCCCCUGAUCAUGAGGGACCUUCUCCUGAACAACUACACGUUGUUACCACAAGGACAGGACAGAAAAAGGGGAAAAGGAUUGAAUGUGGUGAAUGUGGAAAAGAGUUUACAAUAAGCUCAAGUCUUCACCGAGGGGAGAAGCCAUACUCCUGUGAACAGUGUGGGGAGAAGCCAUUUUCAUGUUUAGAGUGUGGGAAAUGUUUUACAGAAAAAACAAAGCUUGCUAUACAUGAGAAAAUUCACAGAGGGGAGAAGCCGUAUUCAUGUGCAGAAUGUGGAAAAUGUUUCGGAGAAAAAGCUGUUCUUGUUAAUCAUGAGAGGAUUCACACAGGGGAGAAGCCGUUUGCGUGUUCGGAAUGUGGAAAAUGUUUUACGGAAAGAUCAAAUCUUGCCAGGCAUGAGAGAAUUCACACCGGAGAGAAGCCGUAUGUAUGUUCAGAAUGUGGGAAAUGUUUUACACAAAAAUCUAAUCUUGAAACACAUCAGAAAUGCCACACUGGCGAGAAGCCGUAUUCAUGCUCACUAUGUGGAAAAUGUUUUAAGCUUAAAUCGGGUCUUGUUCAACAUGAAAGAAUUCACACUGGAGAGAAGCCGUAUACAUGUCUAAAGUGUGGAAAAUGUUUUGCACAAAAAUCAGGCCUCGUUAUACAUGAGAGAAGUCACACAAUAGAAGAGUCCUUUUCUUGUUCAGAAUGUGGGAAAUGUUUUGUCAGUAAAUCAUAUCUUGUUAUACAUAAGAAAAGUCACACAGGAGAGAAGCCGUUUUCAUGUUCACUGUGUGGGAAAUGUUUUCUACAAAAAUCGAAUCUCGAUACGCAUGAGAGAAGUCACACAGGAGAGAAGCCAUUCUCAUGUACUGUAUGUGGGAAAUGCUUUACCUAUAAAUCAAAUCUCGUUCAACAUCAGAGAAGUCACACAGGGGAGAAGCCAUUCUCUUGUUCAGAAUGUGGUAAAAGUUUUACCCAAAAAUCAAAUCUUGAUGUGCACGAGAGAAGUCACUCGGGAGAGAAGCCGUUCCCUUGUUUGGAAUGUGGGAAAUGUUUCACUACUAAAACCAGGCUCAGGGAUCAUCAGAGAAUUCACACAGGAGAGAAGCCGUAUUCAUGUUCAGAAUGUGGGAAAAGUUUUGUACAGAGGGCGCAGCUAUAUGUGCACGAGAGGAUUCAUACAGGAGAGAAGCCCUAUUCGUGUUCAGAAUGUGGGAAAUGUUUUAUCACUAAAGUCAAACUUCGGAAUCAUCUGAGAACUCACACAGGGGAGAUGCUGUUUUGAUGUUCUCUGUGAAUUUUUAAAAACUCUUUCAAGAAUUGUCAUAAAAGAAAAAUUCCUUUUUUUUUUGUUCCAUCUAUGAAAAUCUCUGAAAUGUUUCACAUUCACAUUAAACAACUAGUAAGCCUGUUUAUAUUUGGGGUGGAAUUAGUUUAAAGGGGUA